AUGGCUACUAUCAACAGUAUUCAGAUAAAGCCUCCAAACAGAGUAGAAGGUUUCUCUGGCAAAUGUCAAUACACUGCCGUUUCAUCUAAUGCAGCAAAGAAACAAAUGAAAAUGGGCUUCGCAGUACAUAAGCCCAAGACACAAAUAUGGAGGCAACGGUCACUCAGCUUCAAAUGUUCAAGAGUCUGGAAGCUUCCCAACUACAAGUUCGAGAUUGAAUUGGGUUACUGGGAUACAGUGUUAGAAAUCAAACAGAAGAUCGAGAAGUAUCAACGUAUCCUUGUUUACAGACAAACCCUUUUCUUCCAAGGCAAUGUUCUUCAAGAUCAUCUUGAUAUCGAACAAUGUGUGAUCCUUAACCACUCUCUUCUCAAAGUAUUCGUAGAUCCUUACCGUAACCCUAAUCACGACAACGAUCAAAUGCUUCAAACCGAGGAAUCUCCACCGUUAAACUCAGCCAAAGAGAUCGUUAACGUUCAAGAUUCGCCAAUUAUGGUGAGAAGCAAUAUGAAAGUCGCGACGAGCAUAAAGGUUGAGAACAAUAAUAACAACAAUGAUCAGUGCUUCGAACCAAGCAAUCUCCAGCGUCGUUAA